CACAAGUUCCACCCCUUCGUUUCCCGCACAAGCUCUCUUUCCGUUUCAAUUCCCCCGCCAUAGUCCCUCCCCGGAUCCCCUACUCCGCGGCGCAACAUAAGAAUCCCCAUUUCAUCCAAUAGUAUGCCGCCACGUGGCAAAAGCUGACUCGGGAGCAUCGGAAUAGUCGAGCGGGGGUUCGCAUAAUUUUUGUUCCUGGGGACCACCGCACCGCAUCUGUGUCUCCCAGUGUUCGAAGCAUCGGGGAUGGGAUCGUAGUAGACGUCGUCCGCGAGGGCCGUUACUACCACCACCGACACGACCACCACCACAUCAUCGUCGCGGAGCGGAGGAGUCGCGAAGGGGGGCGGCGGGGGAUCGUAUUCCCCCUUUCCCCCCUCGCGCGCGAACGCCCGCUCAUGCCUAUAUAAACCCCCGAGGAUGUGGCUCCCCAAGAGGUCCAUCGCCGCCCUUUGCGUCUCCGCGCUCUCCGACCCCGCUUCCUCCUCCCUCUCUCUCCUCCUCCUCCUCUCCUCACCCUCCGCAAACCCUAGAGGGUGCAGUCGUAGGGUUUCGAGCUUGCCGAGGCCGUCCAUGGCGGCGGCGGAGGCGGCGGGGAAGGGUGAGAUAAGGGCGAUGGGCGAUUUGAGGGGUGGCGAUGAAGGGAGGGUUUGGUCGUCGUCGGGAUCGGGGCUGAGCAUCCCCAUGGGGAAGCAGAUCUUCUGCAACAGGUCGCUGAACAUGAAGAACAUCACCGCUGUAGGGUUUGAUAUGGAUUAUACGCUGGCGCAGUACAAGCCGGAGACGUUCGAGGCGUUGGCUUAUCAGGGCACCAUUGCUAAGCUCGUUAACGAUCUGAAGUAUCCCGAUGAGGUUCAUUGCAUGUUGAAUCUUUGCUAAUUUCUUUUUGUUUUUGAGUUUGUUAGAGCUCACUGAUGACAACGAUUUGUUCUUCCGCUGUUGAUUCAUACUUUUUGCCUAAAUAAGGCUUUCGACUUGAUAUUUACGAAACAUUUAGGUGGUUAUUGGUUUA